AUGGGGGGCACCCUGACUGCUCUCGGCGACAGGAAGGCCAGGAGCCUCGUCCCGGGGUUGGCCGGCGGCUCUCGCGCCGCCCUGACCCUCUUCCCUCGGCCACAGCCCUGGAGGCUUGCCUUCCGGCGGCGCGUGUGUCCCAAGAGGGGGCCCUCCCGCGCCGGCACGAGCGCAGGACCGCGCGCGGGGCUCCCUCCCCGGCUCAGUCUCCUCCCCACGCGCCCCCUCUCCGCCGGGCUGGCCAGCGCCGCCGCGUCCCCGCCGCUGCCCCCAGCCCGCGCCCGCGCCCGAGCCGCCGCGCCGCCGCCGGCUGCCGCCUCCCGCCUCGCCCCGAGCUCCCGGCGCGCUCGGCCCGGCCCCGGCCCCGGCUCGGUCCCGGCCCCGCGCGAGGACCAUGGAGUAGGCGGACGGCCCCGCGACGCGCUCCCGCCGCCGGCGAGGCCGGAGCAGCCCCGGGUGGCCUCGCCCGCCGGCCGAGUUGGCCGAGCGCGGACGCCGAGCGUGGGAGCCGUGGCGCGCGAGGAGGACGGGGACCCCGAGCGCCGGGAGGCGGCGGCACGGGCCGGCGGCGACGACGACGACGACGACGACGACGACGAGGAGGAGGGACUGAGCGACGACGAGGACGGAGAUCGGGAGAACCGCGGCGGCCGCCAGGAGGAAGGAGAGGCGGCGGCGGCGGCCGCCGGGCGGGAGCGCAGCGAGGACGCGCCGCCGCCGCACGCGGAGCUGCCUCCCGCCACCAGCCGCGCUGCGGCCGCCGGCGAUCGGAGCGGCCGCCGCCCUCCGGGGACCCCGCCGGGGUCGCUGCCCUGCCGCGCGGAGAGGAUGCAGUCGCCCGACCUGGAGGAGCGUGAGCGCCGCCGGAGCUGCCGGAGGGACCUUCUUCUGAGCCAGGUCUGCUUCCUGGCCCUGGUGGCGCUGCUGCUCUGGUCGCUGUCGAGCAUGCGGGACCACGACGACCUGAACUUCAUGGACUUCAUCGGGCAAGAGACACAGUGGACCAUGGGGAGGAAGUUAAUGCAGGUGAAUGACUCGCUGACUUCAGAAGAUGCAGGACCGCGGAGCAGCAAGAACUGCACUGAACCAGCCCUGCACGAGUUCCCCAAUGACAUCUUCACCAAUGAGGACCGAAGACAGGGGGCUGUGGUCCUUCAUGUGCUUUGUGCCAUGUACAUGUUCUACGCGCUGGCCAUUGUGUGUGAUGACUUCUUCGUCCCCUCCUUGGAAAAGAUCUGUGAGCGCCUGCACCUCAGCGAGGAUGUGGCCGGAGCCACAUUCAUGGCGGCGGGCAGUUCGGCCCCGGAGCUGUUCACGUCGGUCAUAGGAGUCUUCAUUACCAAGGGCGACGUGGGCGUGGGGACCAUCGUGGGCUCCGCUGUGUUCAACAUUCUGUGCAUCAUCGGCGUGUGUGGGCUCUUCGCGGGGCAGGUCGUGGCUCUCUCCUCCUGGUGCCUGCUGAGGGACUCCAUUUACUACACGCUGUCCGUGGUCGCGCUCAUCGUGUUCAUUUAUGACGAACAAGUUUCCUGGUGGGAGUCUUUGGUCCUCGUGCUGAUGUAUCUCAUCUAUAUUGUCAUCAUGAAAUACAACGCCUGCAUACACCAGUGCUUCGAGAGGAGGACCAAGGGGGCCGGAAACAUGGUCAAUGGCUUGGCCAACAACGCCGAAAUGGACGACAGCGGCAACUGCGACGCAACCGUGGUGCUACUCAAGAGAGCCAAUUUCCACCGCAAAGCAUCAGUGAUCAUGGUAGACGAGCUGCUGUCAGCCUACCCACAUCAGCUUUCUUUCUCUGAGGCUGGUCUUCGAAUCAUGAUCACCAGCCACUUCCCCCCAAAAACCCGACUCUCCAUGGCCAGUCGCAUGCUAAUCAAUGAGAGACAGAGGCUGAUAAACAGCAGGGCUUAUGCCAACGGAGAAUCCGAGGUGGCCAUCAAGAUCCCGAUUAAGCACACGGUGGAGAACGGGACGGGGCCCAGCAGCGCCCCGGACAGAGGCAUGAGCGGGACACGGAGGGACGAGGUCGUCGCGGAGGCCGGUGAUGAGACGGAGAACGAGAAUGAGGACAACGAGAAUAAUGAGAACGACGAGGAGGAGGAGGACGAGGAAGAUGAGGAGGGGCCAUACACGCCUUUUGACCCCCCGUCUGGCAAACUGGAAACAGUGAAGUGGGCAUUCACCUGGCCCCUGAGCUUCGUCUUGUACUUCACUGUCCCCAACUGUAACAAGCCCCGCUGGGAAAAGUGGUUUAUGGUGACCUUCGCUUCGUCCACGCUGUGGAUCGCAGCCUUCUCCUACAUGAUGGUGUGGAUGGUCACGAUCAUCGGCUACACGCUGGGGAUUCCUGACGUCAUCAUGGGGAUCACCUUCCUGGCAGCUGGAACCAGCGUGCCCGACUGCAUGGCCAGCCUCAUUGUGGCCAGACAAGGCAUGGGGGACAUGGCCGUGUCCAACUCCAUCGGGAGCAAUGUUUUUGACAUCCUCAUCGGGCUCGGUCUCCCCUGGGCACUGCAGACCCUGGCUGUGGAUUACGGAUCCUAUAUCCGGCUGAACAGCAGGGGGCUGAUCUACUCCGUGGGCUUGCUCCUGGCCUCCGUCUUCGUCACGGUGUUUGGCGUCCACCUGAACAAGUGGCAGCUGGACAGGAAGCUGGGGUGUGGGUGCCUUUUCCUAUACGGCGUGUUCCUGUGCUUCUCCAUCAUGACGGAGUUCAACGUGUUCACCUUUGUGAACCUGCCCAUGUGCGGGGACCACUGACCCGCGGCCGCGCCCAGCUCGGCCCCUCCUUCUGUGCAAUACAAGCGGGCGCCCAAGUCCGCCUCUGCGCUGCCCGCAGGCCUCCGCUUCCCACCCCCCUGACUCUUCCUGGGCCCUGCCCCUACCCCCUCUACCCUCCACCGCCUCCGGAGCCGCCAAUCCCGGACCCCCAACCCCACUCCGGCUCUGCCCUCCUCCACGUGAAGACUCCCGACCUCCGCGUGGAUUUUCAAGCCCGAUUUUUGAACAAUGACUGAGAUUCUAGAAAAACUGGCUGCUAACUGGCCUGAGCCAGGCAAACUUAGCAUAUAUCCCUCCUCCUUUUUUAAGUUAUUGGAUGGAAGACCGGCCUAAUGUAUGAGCCGAGACAGUGGAGAAAAGAGAGGAGAGGCUCCACGCGUGACAGGGAGCGUUUGGGAUUUUCCUUAUGUUUGGGGCUGAUUUCUAGGUUCCUGAGUCUGGGGGUUGUUUGGUUUUGGGGGCUCCCCCCUUUUCUUCUUUUCCUUCCAGAGAUGGAGACUUGUUUUCCUCGCAUCUUCUCUCACCGGGCUCUGGAUCCUCACU